AUGGCGAUCUCCCAGAUCUCACGCGGAGCCCUGGCCAUCCUCCUCCUCCUGGCCGCCGCCUUCGCUGCCGCCCCGGCUGCGCUCGCGGACGGCGACGACGUGGUGGCCCUUACCGAAUCCACGUUCGAGAAGGAGGUCGGACAGGACCGCGGCGCCCUCGUCGAGUUCUACGCCCCCUGGUGUGGUCACUGCAAGAAGCUUGCUCCUGAGUAUGAAAGACUCGGUGCAAGUUUUAAGAAAGCUAAAUCUGUCUUGAUUGCUAAGGUCGAUUGUGAUGAGCACAAGAGUUUGUGCAGCAAGUAUGGAGUUUCUGGGUAUCCAACAAUCCAAUGGUUCCCAAAAGGAUCCUUGGAGCCCAAAAAGUAUGAAGGACAACGCACUGCAGAAGCCCUUGCUGAAUUUGUUAAUACUGAAGGAGUCACAAAUGUAAAGCUGGCAACCAUUCCUUCAAGUGUUGUGGUGCUCACCCCAGAGACCUUUGACUCAAUUGUCCUUGAUGAAGCCAAAGAUGUCCUUGUUGAGUUCUAUGCCCCAUGGUGUGGUCACUGCAAGAGUCUUGCACCGACGUAUGAGAAGGUGGCUUCUGUUUUCAAGUUAGAUGAAGGAGUUGUUAUUGCUAACCUUGAUGCUGACAAACACAGGGAUUUGGCUGAGAAGUAUGGAGUUACUGGAUUUCCUACAUUGAAGUUUUUCCCAAAGGGAAACAAAGCUGGUGAAGAUUAUGAUGGCGGUAGGGACUUGGGUGACUUCGUCAAGUUCAUUAACGAGAAAAGUGGUACCAGCCGUGACACAAAGGGUCAACUAACCUCAGAGGCUGGCCGCAUAGCAAGUCUGGAUGUCCUGGCUAAGGAGUUCCUUGGCGCUUCCAGUGACAAGCGAAAGGAAGUCCUCUCCAGUAUGGAGGAGGAGGCAGCUAAGCUCAGUGGUCCUGCUGCAAGGCAUGGGAAGGUCUAUGUAACCAUCGCAAAGAAGAUACUAGAGAAAGGCAACGAGUACACUAAGAAGGAAACCGAGAGGCUUGAACGCGUGUUGGAGAAGUCCAUCAGCCCCUCGAAGGCCGACGAGUUUAUCAUCAAGAAGAAUGUUCUAUCGACUUUCUCAUCCUAA